GGCACCGCUUAGCGAGUGAUUAAACCGACAAUUCGUUUCGCGAUUGCCAUUCAGUUAAUUGUAUUUUUUCCAGUUCGCUGGCACGUUAGUAUUUUUCGAUCUUUUCCUGCGCUACGUGUGUUUGUUUUAUGUUUGCAAUAAUUAAAACAUUUAUAUUUCAUAAAUAUCAUAAAUUAUUUAAAUAUUUCAUAAAUGUCUGACACAAAAUAAAAUGUCAAUAUUAUAUACAAGGAAUAUAUAACAAUGGAUGAUGUGAAAACUAUUGUACGUAGCAUUUUAGUUAGUUAUCCUGGUAAUUGUACAAUAUCACAAUUAUUGGAUGAUUAUGUUGCUUUAGAAGGUCAACAUUUACCAUAUAAAAAAUUAGGGUUCAAUAAUGUUUUAGAUGUAAUUAAAAAUAUGAACGAUAUUUUGAAAGUGCCACCACAUCCAUCCUUGAAUUCUUUUGUAAAACUUGUUAUUGAUGAAAAAACAUUACAUCUUAGACAACUAGUUAUGAAUCAAAAGGUAAAUAAAAAAAAAAAACGUUAUCCUAGAAAAUAUUGUCCUGGACUGAGAGAAAAUGUAGCCUUAAAUAAUUCAUAUGUUAAUUCAAAUAAUUAUGAAAAUCAUACCAACGAGUGUAAUGCUUUUCGUGGAUAUGAUUUUGUAAAAAAAAUGGAACCAGUUCAUUCAAAAAAAAAAGGAUAUGUUACAAAUCAACUUCAGAAAAGCAUUGAAAAUCUAUGUAAAAAUGUGCAGAAUGUAAGCAUUAGAGUACUAAAAAAUAAUCUCAUUAAUCAUCCAGACUAUAAACUAUUAAAUUCACAUAAUAUUGAAGAAGCCAUAAAUAUGUUGAAGUAUUUUAUCUACAUUGAUAAGAGUGGCGUACACCUUAAAAAUUCUUCAUAUGAAAUAUUUCCUACUGAUUCAUUAAAAAAAAAUAACCGUAUAGAACCAAAAUUUAAAAGUGUCAUGCAAAAUAUCACUAAUGAAGAUGAAGAACUUGCAAUGGAUGAUUAUGGCAUUGAAGUUGAUAUUUUUUCAGAAACUGAAUAUUUUGACAAUUUAGCUGUAGAUUAUCAACAAUCAAAAACUGAUAACACCUUUAUAGCUCAAAGAAAAAAGGAAAGUUCAAAUGAGUUGACUAAAAAGACUGUAGAUAAUCAACAAUCAAAAACUGAUAACACCUUAAUAGCUCAAGGAAAAAAGGAAAGUUCAAAUAAAACGACUGAAGAAACUGUAGAUAAUCAACAAUCAAAAACUGAUAAUACUUUUAUAGCUCAAGGAAAAAAGGAAAGUUCAAAUAAAAUGACUGAAGAAACUGUAGAUAAUCAGCAAUCAAAAACUAAUAACACCUUUAUAGCUCAAGAAAAAAUUAAAAUACCUAAAAUAGCAAAUAACCUUACUGUUUCAAAUAUUGGGUUCAAAGCUGAAGUAAAAGUCAAUAAAGAUAAAAAACAUUCAUUGAUUAUGGAUAAAGAAUAUUAUAAGAAAGCUAUAACUUCUGUUAUCGAGUUUUCCCAAACACCAAUUACAAUUAAUCAAGCGUUGAAGAAUUAUGAACAAAAAUAUGGCUCUAGUUUUCCAAUUCAAAAAUUUUCUUGUAGAUCAUCAAUGGACUUUUUUCGUCUCUAUCCAGCUUUAUUCUUAUUAGAUAAUCCAUACUCAACAAAUAGUAUUAUUAAGAUAGCGAAACCCAUGAAACCUACGGAACCUAUGAAAUCUAUGAAACCUAUGGAACCUAUGGAACCAAUGGAACAUAUGGAACCCAAACAGAAAAAUACUAUCAGGCAAAAUUUUAUCAAUGCGUCAUACUUUAUGUAUAAUAAUAAUAAAAAUUCAAAAAUGACUAAUUUAAUUCAAAAUGAAAAUGCUUUGGAACAAACCACAGACAAUAUCAAUCAUCAAAAAAUGAAUGAAAAUGCUUUGGAACUAGUCACAGAAAAUAUUAGUCAUCAGAAAAUAAAUGAAAAUGUUGUUAAUAGAUAUUUUUUGGAUUCAUCAGAUUCUUGUAUUGAAAUACGAGACUCUGAAUUGAUUUUAGAUUCAAUGAAAAAUAGAAUGCGUUCUCUAUUAAAUAAAUACAAGAAUGGUAUAUUAUGUGAUGCAUUUAUGGAGGUUUAUGGUAAAGAGUAUAAAACUUAUUUUACCUAUUCUGAGUAUGGAUUCAAAAGUAUGAGAGAUAUGGCUUACAAUUUACCAUCUGUAUUUUAUGUUUAUGUGACUGAAUGUGGCGAAUAUUAUCUUUAUAAUGCUAGUAGGCGAAAGGAAUUGAAAAUAGAAUGUCAUGAUCCAUUUCAAUAUUAUAAAAAUAUACCAAAGUCUAUAUUGAAAAACCUUUCUAUAUUAUUUGAUAAUCAUCAAAAUGGUAUUAAAUUUCAUGAACUGAAGUUUUUAUACUGUUCAAAGUUUGGCCGAUUAUAUGAACCAUUAAAAUAUGGUUACUCUUCCGAAAGACAUAUGUUUGAAUCGUUGAACAAAAUGGUCAAAAUUGAAAACAAUAUUGUGUAUACAAUAAAUCCUUAUGCAUACAUACCUAUUGAAAAUAAUGAUGAAGAGGAGCCUGGAAUAACUCCUCCUGUAUUACCAGUCCAGGAUUUUCUACUAAAUUAUUCUGGCAAUGACGUGUAUGGUGGAAGAUUCGUGUAUCCUAAACUAGAUCUAGGUUUAAAAAAGAUUCAUAAAGUUUAUGCUGCUGAAAUUUAUGGACCAAAUUACUUUUACCUCCACUUAGCUCGAAGUGUUGAUAACUUAAAUAGUUUCAUGGACCGUUUGCAAAUAUUUUAUAAUAAUAACGAAUACAAAUACACAGUAAUGCCAGAAUUAAUAAUCCCUGGAUUGGCUUGUGUUGCAUAUUUUGAAGAUACCCAACAGUGGCAUAGAAUUAAAGUCAUGAAUUAUGUUGAUGAAGAUCAUGUAAAAGUGUUUUAUAUUGAUUAUGGAUCAAUUGAAAUAAUUUCUAGAGCUAAAAUUCGUCUGUUGGAAAGAAGUUUUGGUUUAUUACCUGUUCAAGCAAUAUUUUGCAGUUUGUACGAAAAUGAUAAUAGAAUUCGUUUUGAUAGAGAAAUAAAUGAAAAGUUUGCCAUGAUGAUUGAUAAUAAAACGCUCGAAGCUCACUUUCAUAAACCUAAAAUUGAAGGCGCAUUUCACAAAAAUUAUGUAACAUUGUAUGUAAAAACAAACAAAAUUAAGCUUAAUGUUAAUACAGAGUGUUCUAAUGCAAUGGUAGCAUACCAAAAUAAAUUGAGAGAAUCCGUUAGAAGGUCGAUUACUAGAGUACUAGAUGAUACAAUAAAUGAUGAAUGUCAAUCUAAAACUAAUGAACAAGAAGAAUAUUAAUAUGGUUAACUAAAUAAUAAAAAUAAUAAUGAUAAUAAUAAUAGCCUCGUAAGUAUGACAACUUAAGUAAAUAGUAUGUAAUAUUUGUUGUUGAUCAAUAUGUGUGUAUGUGGUAGUGUAUGUAUAUAUAAUUGUAAUGUUUUAU